CCGCCCGCUGCCGAGACGGAAAACCUGGGGCCCGAAAGGAAUUGUGGGUGGUCUCCUGAAGUGCAUUGUGGGGAAGUUCCUGUAGCGUCUGUGUUGUUACCGGAUCCUCGGUGGUUGUUGGGGUUGAAACACCGCGGACGAAAUGCCGGAGCGAGAUAGCGAGCCGUUCUCUAACCCCUUGGCUCCAGAUGGCCACGAUGUGGACGAUCCUCACUCCUUCCACCAAUCAAAACUCACUAAUGAAGACUUCAGGAAACUUCUCAUGACCCCAAGGGCUGCACCUACCUCUGCACCACCCUCUAAGUCACGUCACCAUGAAAUGCCAAGGGAGUACAAUGAGGAUGAAGAUCCAGCUGCACGAAGGAGAAAAAAGAAAAGUUAUUAUGCCAAGCUUCGCCAGCAAGAAAUUGAAAGAGAGAGAGAACUAGCAGAGAAGUACCGGGACCGUGCCAAGGAACGACGGGAUGGCGUGAACAAAGAUUAUGAGGAAACGGAACUGAUUAGCACCACAGCUAACUACAGGGCUGUGGGCCCCACUGCUGAGGCGGACAAAUCAGCUGCAGAGAAAAGAAGACAGUUGAUCCAGGAGUCUAAAUUCUUGGGUGGUGACAUGGAACAUACCCAUUUGGUGAAAGGCUUGGAUUUUGCUCUGCUUCAAAAGGUACGAGCUGAAAUUGCCAGCAAAGAGAAAGAGGAGGAAGAAAUGAUGGAAAAGCCCCAGAAGGAAACUAAGAAAGAUGAGGAUCCUGAAAAUAAAAUUGAAUUUAAAACACGUUUGGGCCGAAAUGUUUACCGCAUGCUCUUCAAGAGCAAAGCAUAUGAGCGGAAUGAGUUGUUUCUUCCAGGCCGCAUGGCCUAUGUGGUAGACCUGGAUGAUGAGUACGCCGACACAGACAUCCCCACUACUCUUAUCCGCAGCAAAGCUGAUUGCCCCACCAUGGAGGCCCAGACCACACUGACUACAAAUGACAUUGUCAUCAGUAAGCUCACCCAGAUCCUUUCCUAUCUGAGGCAGGGUACCCGCAACAAGAAGCUCAAAAAGAAAGAUAAAGGGAAAAUGGAAGAAAAGAAACCCCCGGAAGCUGACAUGAAUAUAUUUGAAGAUAUUGGGGAUUAUGUGCCCUCCACAACCAAGACUCCUCGAGACAAGGAGCGGGAGAGAUACCGGGAACGGGAGCGUGAUCGGGAGAGAGAGAGAGACCGUGACAGAGAGCGGGAGCGAGAACGAGACCGAGAGCGGGAGCGGGACCGAGAACGAGAAGAAGAGAAGAAGAGGCACAGCUACUUUGAGAAGCCAAAAGUGGACGAUGAGCCCAUGGAUGUUGACAAAGGACCCGGAUCUGCCAAGGAGUUGAUCAAGUCCAUCAAUGAAAAGUUUGCUGGAUCUGCUGGCUGGGAAGGCACUGAAUCGCCAGAGGACAAGAAGCAGCUGGGAGAUUUCUUUGGCAUGUCCAAUAGCUAUGCUGAGUGCUAUCCAGCCACGAUGGAUGACAUGGCUGUGGACAGUGAUGAGGAGGUGGAUUAUAGCAAAAUGGACCAGGGUAACAAGAAAGGUCCUUUAGGCCGCUGGGACUUUGACACCCAGGAGGAAUACAGCGAGUAUAUGAACAACAAGGAGGCUUUGCCCAAAGCUGCAUUCCAGUAUGGCAUCAAGAUGUCUGAAGGGCGGAAAACCAGGCGCUUCAAGGAAACCAAUGACAAAGCAGAGCUUGAUCGCCAGUGGAAAAAGAUUAGUGCGAUCAUUGAGAAGAGGAAGAAGAUGGAAGCCGAUGGAGUUGAAGUGAAAAGACCAAAAUACUAAAAUCUCUGGUUCCAACUCCAAGAAUAAUCUCCACAAGGAUUUACUCCCCACUGCUUGCUUUAUACAAUUCCAAAAAAAAGUUGAAAGAUUUUUGUGUGUGUGUGAAUGUAUAUAAAUUUUAUUGUAUAAUGUUUUGAUCCCAUUAAAGUUGGUUAACCUGCUGUCUUAUCUUAUGUAUAUUGAGGGCCCAGGUACACCAAGAAGUCUACUAAUCCCACUGAUUGUAUAAAAAUCACAUGGAAAAAGUCAGCUCAGUCCUUUACUGAGCUGUGCUUCUGUUAAUAGAUUUCUGGGCUGGAAGAAGCACAAGCUGGAAUCAAGAUUGCCAGGAGAAAUAUCAAUAACCUCAGAUAUGCAGAUGACACCACUCAUGGCAGAAAGUGAAGAGGAUCUAAAAAAUCUCUUGAUGAAAGUGAAAGAGGAAAGUGAAAAAGAAAACUAAGAUCAUGGCAUCUGGUCCCAUCACUUCAUGGCAGAUAGAUGGGGAAACAGUGGAAAGUGUCAGACUUUAUUUUUUGGGGCUCCAAAAUCACUGCAGAUGGUGAUUGCAGCCAUGAAAUUAAAAGACGCUUACUCCUUGGAAGGAAAGUUAUGACCAACCUAGACAGCAUAUUAAAAAGCAGAGACAUUACUUUGCCAACAAAGGUCUGUCUAGUCAAGGCUGUGGUUUUUCCAGUGGUCAUGUAUGGAUGUGAGAGUUGGACCGUGAAGAAAGCUGAGUGCCGAAGAAUUGAUGCUUUUGAGCUGUGGUGUUGGAGAAGACUCUCGAGAGUCCCUUGGACUGCAAGGAGAUCCAGCCAGUCCAUCGUAAAGGAGCUCAGUCCUGGGUGUUCAUUGGAAGGACUGAAGCUGAAAUUCUAAUACUUUGGCCAUGACAUGUGAAGAGUUGACUCAUUGGAAAAGACCCUGAUGCUAGAAGGGAUUGGGGGCAGGAGGAGAAGGGGAUGACAGAGGAUGAGAUGGUUGGAUGGCAUCACCGACUCGAUGGACAUGAGUUUGAAUAAACUCCGGGAAUUGGUGAUGGACA